UGCGUGUACGUAAACAGAGGGCUAUGCCACGUGCCGUGUUACGUCAUCAAGGGCGACAGAGACCCAACUGUUGCCCUUUACUAUAACACCAAGAUGGACGUGAAAGAGGAGACGUGUGAGGCUGACAUAAAUACCACAAACGUAACGACUGUAAAUAUUAAAAAGGAGGACUCUGAAUGGGAGCAUCUGCCCAUUAAGGAUGAGGAUUAUGAAUUGCCGGCUGUGGGCGUUAAAGAAGAGGCUGAGGAGAAGUCUGUCAGCAGUGAAAUGAUAAAACCUAAAGGUGAGGAGCCUGACAACCUCAACGUGAGUCCUGAAUCAUUGCAGUCUGACACAAAGAGGGCUGAAGAAAUGUCAUCUGAUAGAAUUCAGGAAGAUCAGACAGUACCUUCAAAUCCGUCUGGAGAAAAUUUACAAGAGAUUUGCAGCCACUGCCCAUCUUCACUUCCUCAGACUUUACUUCGGAGUAAACCGCAACUUCCAGAUCAUGACGAAAACCUGAAGAAAUUGACACCUGGAUCAGGGAAUCAGAACCGAGGCUCUUUGCAGUUAAGAUGUCUGCCUAUUAUGAAAUUAACAGGAAUAGCUAUCAUUACCUCUCAAAAACAGAUACACAAUGCAAAUGCAGCAACUUUGUCGAAGUGCCAAGAUGUGAGGAAACGUUUUAGUCAUGAAUCCAAAUGCAGAAGUGAUGGCUGUAGCCAUAAGAAGCAGAAACUGCCAUAUUGCUGUUCUGAAUGUGGCAAACAGUUUUCCAGAAGUAGCCACUGUAACCCACACACAAGAAGUCACGCUGGGGGGACGCUGUACUGUUGUUCUGAAUGUGGGAAACAAUUUCCUGACAAGAAAAGUCUUGACAUACACACAGGAAUUCACUCUGGAGAGAGACCAUAUUCCUGUUCUGAAUGUGGGAAACAAUUUUUUUACAAGAAAUGUCUUCACAAUCAUGCACUAAUUCACAUCGAAGAGAAGCAAUUUUGCUGUCAUCGGUGUAACAAAAGAUUCUGUUGUCAAAGCAGUCUUCAUGUGCACUCAAGAUCUCACAGUGGAGAGAAGCCUUUUUGCUGUUCUGAAUGUGGCAAGCAUUUCUCACAAAGGGCCAUUUUUAAGUAAUUCACACCAGAGAGGAAGGAGAAUUAAGUGAUGUGUGUAUGUGAUAUUAACCCCGCCAACCUUUAAUCAGUAUGUUCAAGUGAUGGGCUUCAUGGUGCAAGCUUUAUCCAAGUCUAUUGAAAGAGGAAAUCGCUUUAAUAGUAUUAAUAAAAAGAUGUAAAAAAAAAAACUUGUAUUGGAAGAAUGUCUUCUGAAGUUCAAUGGUAUCCAGCAGCCAUUUCUAGACCAGAGCAGGUGAAAGUUUUAUCAUUGGUACAAAAUCUUCAAACAUGACCACCUCCUGUGUGAUGCCAAUCAACCUGACAAGUGCUGCUGCUCCAUUAAAAUUGAAAAGAUGUGACAACAAAAUGUUAUUUUAGGUAAGAAAUCAAGAGUGGUCAACCAAAGAAAGGAAAAGAUCAUUUGUUAUAUUGCUACUUAAACACAACAGAUCCUGAGUUUUCUACAAAGGAAAGAAGAGAAAUCCCAGUGUCUGGACUAAAUAAAACAAUCAAUACUAAUUAUGAUCUGAACAAUUACAGUAAAGACAUAAGCCAGCAGAACUUAGAACAACAUGGAAUAGAAUAUUAAAUUAUAAAGAAGCCGGAGUGAAGGGAAGAGGUGCUGGUCCCCAUAGGGUAUAGUAUUCAGGUGAAUGACCCUCUCUAAAUACAAAUACGAUUGGUAACAGUUUAAUAUGAAAUGAAAGAGUUAUAUCUUUGUGUGUAAUGUCUGAUCUCCUUCCCCAAUUGUGCUGCAUAUGGAGUGUAAAUAUGCACUAAAAUAAGACAUUCUUAGCUCUGCAAGGCAAACUCUAUUAAAGCUGUUUGUUCAAAGCAAGUAAUAUUUUACAAAACAAAGUUUCAUUGCAAUUUUCCUUUUGAGUUAUUGUGUUCACAGACUUGCAUCAUUUACAUUUUGUAAUGCAUAAUUGAAGGUAAGUGAUUAUCAGAUAAAGAUAUUUCUUGCUCUUCAUCUUUUCCCGCUUCUGUGGGGGCUUGAUGUGCUGAUCAACCUUCUCCAAAUGGCUCGGUCGGUCCUGCGCACCCUCCCCAGUCAGACCCUUUUUCUUCAGAUCUUCUUUUACUUUACCCAUCUGUCUCAGCUUUGGCCUCGCUUUCUCUUCCUUUGUACUUCCAUUCCCAUCACUCUUUCACCCACAUAUUCAUUUUGUCAUCUCAUCACAUGUACAGACCACUUCAACCUACUCUCCUUUACUGUCUUAGAUUAUCUCCCCAAUGUUGUUGUACCGCUGAUUGUAAAAUUUCUAAUUCUGUCCUUUUUGUAACUCCACACAUCCAUCUCCACAUUCUCAUUUCUGUCACCUCUAACU